CAAUAAACUGAAAGCUAAAAUCAAAAUCAAAAGCUUGUUUUGUGUGAGAAUUCCUUAAAUGAUUAAUGGAUUCAGUUUAAAGAGCUUCAAAGACACACCUGUUUCUGCUUAGUCAUCAGCGGGUUUGCUUGUGUUUGGAGGUUCUUUGAGUUGACACAUCUUCACACAUUCUGAUGGUUUUCACACAUAAAACGAUGGGAUCACAAAGAGAGAACAGUAUAUUCACAUUAGUCUGGACAUCCAUCUGUUGGGACCACGCUGGCUCCUGACCUCCAUCCUGAUGACCACGGCUCUGGUUCUCCCCGCUCUGAGCCUGGACAGCCUGCUCUGCUUCUACUGUCCUCUGCAGCACAAAGGCAACUCCUGCCCCAACAUCACCAGCCAGUGUCUGCCUGAUCAGCGCUGUUCCAGCUCCAGAGGCCACUACGGCUCCCUCCACAUCCUGUCUGCUCAGGGAUGCGUGGACACCAAACUCUGUGGCUCCCAUGAAAUCACCUCCUAUCGGGGGGUCAAAUACAACGUCAGCCACACCUGCUGCUGCAAAGACGAAUGUAACGGUCGGCCGAAGUCUGACGCCAAUCUGAAGAAGCUACUGGGGAUGAUGGCAGUAAAAACAAAUCAUCGUAACAUCGCUAAUGUUCUUAGAGAGGAGCUUUGGGAUUCAUGUGCCAAUUACACAUCAGGGAGCUCCACAUUACCUGACUCUGCAUCAUAGGAGUGCUU